ACCUGAGAGCUCUGUGAAGGAGCAGCAAUACCUGCAGACCAAGUUCCUUUCCACUCCUGUGCACUUCGAUACAGAUCUUCCUCAGCUGAGCAUCUGUGAGAGCCCUUGGCUGUGCUGGGCUGCUCUGUGCACCCCUAGGUGCGGGGUGACCUACCUGCACAGCCCUGUCUGCACCAGGAAGCAAGUGCCACGUCCCCCACUCGCCUGUCCCUGCUGGUGUGGCUGUGCAUGGCAUGACCAGGGGGACAUGGGCAUCCUCCCCGAAUCAGAGUGGGCGUCCUGGGGCACGUUCUUUGAGGGCACCUUCUCCAGCCGCUGGUACAACAAACACAAGACUGAGCUCUUGGGAGUUUUACUUGCUGCUGCCUCAGAUUUUCUGAUUAGCAUCUCUUUGAGUAUACAGAAAUGCAGUCAUCUCCGACUGGCUCGCCAAGCAGAGCUGCAGCCCUUCUACAGGAGCAAGCUGUGGUGGUGUGGAGCUGUCCUGCUGGGCAUUGGAGAGUUGGGCAACUUCACAGCCUAUGGAUUUGCCCCCAUUGCCCUUGUUGCUCCACUAGGAUGUGUAUCUAUCAUAGGUAGUGCAUUUAUUUCUGUCAUAUUCCUAAAGAAGACCAUGAGGGCUGCAGAUAUACUGGGAGGAGCACUGGCAGUAGUAGGGACAUACUUGUUGGUGACAUUUGCUCCAAAUGUAUCCCAGCAGCUCACAGCAAGACAAGUCCAGAAUGACUUGGUGAGCUGGCCUUUCUUGGUCUAUGUGAUUUUAGAAAUUAUAAUAUUCUGCAUUCUCCUUUAUUUUUACAAAAGAAAGGCUGUGAAGCACAUCGUGGUUUUGUUAAUGAUGGUGGCACUGCUGGCUUCGUUGACUGUCAUCGCCGUGAAGGCUGUGGCCAGCAUGAUAAUACUCUCUGCCAAGGGGAAAAUGCAGCUAACCUACCCUGUUUUCUAUAUCAUGCUCAUCUUAAUGGCAACUUCUUGUGUAUUCCAAGUCAAGUUCUUAAAUCAAGCACUGCAUCUAUAUGAAGCAAGAGCAGUUGUGCCCAUUAACUUUGUGUUCUGCACCACGAGUGCCAUCAUUUCAGGGGUCAUAUUUUAUCAGGAAUUCCAAAGUGCAGCUUUCCUGAGCGUGUUCAUGUUUCUGUUCGGGUGUCUCCUAUCCUUCCUCAGUGUAUUUGUAAUUGCAGUGAAUAAAAAUGAGGAGCGUUUACAAGUUCCUUACAUUGACUGUGGAUGUAUUCCUGGACAAAAAUUGACAGGCAAAAUACAACCAGAUUCUUACGGUUCAUGCUAUGGCACUUUGAAUAAUAAAGAUGACUCGGGGAAAAGUCAGAGCUGAAAGAAGGCGGCACCUUACCUUCCACUUAACGAGAGGAAUGCCACUGGAACAAGAAUCCGCAGCACCUUUUCAUUGGACGUACUCACGUAGACACUGAAUUCCUGCACGAUGAUGAGUCAUACGUUAUUUAAUCCUACCUAAUUUAUCCCUUGGCUGUCCCAAAUGUGUUUUGAAGAUAAAGAAAGCCUUAAGAGAAACUCAAUAACCAUUAAUGAAACGGAACAUUCUCGAAGAAUAAAUGCCUCUUAGUGACAAGGAGGGAUAUUUUUAGACUUUUAAUUGCCUAGAAAUGCAAAUAGGCACAUGACAGGAUUUUUAAAAUUUGUUUUUGAGAAACCCAAAUGUGCACCAAUGCUUAAGGACAAAGACGGGAAACAAAGAUUUUUGUGAGAGACUUCAAAAUAUUCUGCUGAAUAUCUACUGCCUUUAAAAAUCUGAUCCUGCUUGUUCACGAAUCAAAACUGUAGGCAUAUAUGCAGUAUGCAUAAACACGUGCACACAUUUUUACUACGUGCAGAGGGAAAGUCCUGAUUAUCUUUUGCCAUCGGGCUAAUUCUCUUAUCUUCAAAGGACAUAAGCGCUUAUAUGAGAUGGGGGAAAGAGAAGAGCAUUUGUCAUAAACCUUGGUGCACAUGCAUGUAUUUGCAAGGUAUCCAGCCAAGGUGGAACUGGGCAGUCGUGUGGCAUUUUUUAUCCCUUCCAUGUCUUGCCUACUGGGCUGGACUGGCCAUAUUUUAAAUUAGUCUAGUCUAGUCUGAGGCUUAGCCACUCUUUUUAAGAAAGGAGGGUUUUAAUGAAGGCACUACAAAGAGGAAAUGAGGGAUCCAGGCUUCCUCUCUUGAUAUGUAUUUCAGCCCCCCGAAAAAGCUCCAUAGGAUAGCUUGAGUGAUAAAAAUAUGGAUAAAAUCCUUGGAACUACUAACCAGGGAGGAGAGGGUUGUGAGACCCUGGCACAGGCUGCCUAGAGAAGCUGUGGAUGCCCCAUCCUUGAGGCACUCAAGGCCUGGUUGGAUGGGACAUUGGGCAGCCUGAGCCGGCAGGUGGCAGCCCUGCCCAUGGCAGGGGGUUAGAACUGGGUGGGCUUUAAAGUCCCUUCCAACCUAAAUCAUUCUAUGGUUCCAUGGUAUUGCGGAAAUACUCCUAAAAUAGAAAUUAAAGCAAAUCCUGCACCCUUACUACACCCACAGUAAUCCUGCUUGAGGAAAGCCUCUAAAACAUGGGGUCACUAGAGUCACGACAGCAGUACAAAUUUUCCUUCAUUAAAUGGUAGUUUCUCUAUACUUACUUGAAGAGCUGACAGCAAUGGGAAACCACAGCAGUGCUCAGGUCUGGGAGGUUGCGCUGUCCCCCGGUCCCAGCCUCCUGGAAAGCUGCUGCUGGGCAUUAAUGUUGUGCCCAUCCACCCUGCUGGUAGAUCUGUCCUGUUCCAGCUGACACUGCGAUGCUCACACAUCUCUGAGAAAGACAGUGCUCUUGAAAAGCAUUCAAUAAUAGCCUUCGCAUCUUGGACAAGAUACUUCUUUUGGGAUUGGAUUAAUCUGCAGUAAUGGAUAUGGGCCAUAGGCUGUGCAGAUUUUGUUUCAUUGGGAUACGAAGAAAUGAGAUCUCCCUUUUUUUUCCCCCAAGUAAUUGUUUAUUUCAUUUUAAAAUAGGUAGAGCCAAAGAUCCAUGAGAUGGUUUCACUUCAAACAAAGUGCACACAGCUCUGCAGAUUUUCCUAUGUGGUGAUGUCCCAGCUGUGAAAUUUGCAGAGCUGUUUUUCUUACCGUGGAUCUUUUCCAGCUGGCACAGGACAGGGCUCAGUGUCUGCACCUUGCUUGUACCAGCUGCCUUCCCGCAGCCUUCCUUUACCCUCCCAUAGUUUGAGUUCAAGUUUCUAAAGCUUAAGAAACAAAAGGUACCGGAUUCUGUAUGCUUUCUGCAGGGAAUAAGGGCGUACCUCUGUGCCUCCUAUGCCCCUUGCAUCUUGUAUGUCAAAUGUAAGUAACUUUCCGAUUCUCAAGUGAGAACAUGUGCUAAAGAUGUAAAUAGGAGGCCUACAGUUUUUCAUUCUAUGACCUGGGACAUAAAGUGGGACAUGAUUUAUUUUUGCUUCUUGUUAAAAUUACAGCCCUUGGGCAUCUUUCUGAAAUCUGCCUCCAUGAUUCAGGAGGGCUGAAGGAGAUACAGUAUUUUCAAAGUACAUGUGAAUGAAAUGUAAAAACCAAUAGCAAAAGUUAUUAUUGAUUUUUAAUUUCUGUAUUUCUUCUCAAAUAGCGUAUCUUUUCUUCAUGUGGGCUUAUGCAAAACUGUAAGGGUUAAAAAUGUUUUCUGUAAACUUCAGUGUAAUUAAAAUUAAUUUAUAGGGGAAAUUUUUGGCAGGAAUUAUGUGCAGUUAAAACUUGUGAUUAGACACGAUUUUGAAAGUGUGAGCAUAUUCCAACAAAUUAACGUAUCACAGGGUCAGAGAAACGUGGUGAUGGUCAUUUAUUUCUGUUCUGCAAAGAAAGGGACGUGAUUUGUUUCGAGAAUCAGUUUCUAAUCAGUGCUAUUUUCAGGGUGGUCAGACUGCCCAGGGAGGUGGUGGAGUCAUCGUCCCUGGAGGCGUUAAGAGACAUGCGGGCGUCACACUGAGGGACGUGGUUAGUGGGCAUGGUGGGGAUGGGCCGAUGGCUGGACUAGGUGACCUUAGUGGUCUUUGUCAACCUGAAUGAUUCAGUGAUUUUGUGAUUUGCCUUGUGAUGUUUAGGUGACAAGGAGCACAGACAAAUGCUUACUGAAAAAAGCUUUUUUUUUUUUUUUUUUCACUGGAACACAAAAAUAUGCUCCCGGAACCCUUCUCUUUAUCAGUGAGUUAUUUUCUUGCAGUGUUUUUCCUGACAUCAAAUACACGUGCCAGAUACAAAAUGUGAAGCUUGCACCUGCAGGCUGAACUUUCUUGAGCAGAUGCUCCACAGGAUUUGAGGAAAUAAAACUGAAGGGAGUCAUGGAGGACAGUCUGCAUCUCACGUGGUCCCUGCUGGCUCCAGGCUGGGAUUUCUGAUAGACCAGAACCAGCAGGACUCACUCAGUGCUUGUUCCACUACUGGUCAGCUGCAGUAAAAGAUGAAGUAUUAACUGGCCACGGGCCUGGAAAUGGGAACUCUGGAGUAAAGCUAGGCAGUUUGUUUUUUGCCAUAAAAAAAUAUUGGGAUGCAUUUCAGCUAGCAAAAUAAUAAUAAUAAUAAUAAUAAUCAUCAUCAUCAUCAUCAUCAUCAUCUUGGACUGGAUUCCUACAUCUGCCAAUGGUAGGAGCCCGGCAUUCGCCUGUGAGGCUUGGUGCCAGCUCCUCACUAACCUGGCAGCUUCUGGUGGCAUGUAAGGGUUCUGGUCAACUAAAACCGAAGAAAGCAGAUCAGACUUUGUAGCUUGAGCUUCUUUGCUUUGAAGCUGUGGUGAUGAUGCAAAACCCUGGGCCGGACCCAUUAGGCCAUGGAUAGUGAGCACUGUGGGGCUGAGGUAGGCAGCUCACGGCAUAAGGAGAGCCCUGAAGGCAGUGAGGAGCAGGGACACCUGCACAACUUGGCAUAAGGACUGAUUUUUUCUCUUCAAUUUGCACCAUUUGCUCUAAGGUGCAUGAACAGUGCUGGAAGGAUGGACUGGGACCAAAUGUCCCUACUUCUGACCUCAAAAUGGUCUCCCCUUGCAAUCUGUCCUCCCAGCCCACUUGCAGGAUCUAUGGUUGCUUACAGAGAAAACUGAUAAGAGUGGGGCGCAGAUGAUCAGACGGAGCUGACUUUCAGUUUGGCCUUUGCUUUUAUCCUCUGAGACAUGACCUUUUCUUGUUUAUUUAUUUAUUUUUUGUUUGUUUAUUCCUCUUGGAGAAAUCAGCUGGGCUGCGUUAGCAGCUGGCCCAAAGGAGAGAUAGGCUAAUUACCAUAAUUAUUAUUGGAGGGCCAAGCUGGAUGUUGUACAGCAUGGGGUUUCUUGAGAAGAAAAAGGUAGGGAAAAGCUGAGCUCUCUGGAUUCACAGGAGUUGGAGAAAUCCUGUGCUUGCAGUGUUUCUGGGUUCUGGGACUGGAUUAGAGACAUCAGUGAAUAAACAGUGAUUCUAUAUAUUAUUGAAUGUGUUUUUAAUUUUUUUAACUGAUUUGGAAGUGAAGGAUGGUCAUUCUCUGCCUAGAGAAGCAAAGAGAAAAUCAGAUGGAGAUGUUGGCAGCUGGGAGUUGUUUCAACCUUUUGGAGCUGGAAGAAGCACAGAGGCUCCUUCUAACCAUUAAGUUACCGAGGGGCAGCACUGGCAAAUGCACCACUAUGUAUUACGUAGUUAUGACUGUUAAGAAGGGAUCCUUGUCUUCUUGUUAUGUCUGAAGCCGUUCAGAGGACAUGUGGCUGAUGUGGUUUCUUAGGCUGCACAUAAACAUAUUCUUGAAGCAUACUGAGCCAGUCUAUGGACUCUGCCCCCCCUGAGCAUCCUACUGAUGCCACUUUGGUGUGCACUCCAUGCAGAGCUGUUGUGAAAAUCGGACUGUGUGGUGUGUGUGUACCCCAGGCUUAUUCUGUAAAGAUACCAGUAUUGCAGCACAUUUCCCUUAACCUAAGAAGAGCUUCUGUCUAUCAGGAAGUUGUGAAAACCUAGAUAGACUUAGAUAAUGUUCUCUUUACUUCUUGAUUGCCACCAGAGUUAGCAAAGACAGUUUUGGGUAUCCACAGGAGCAGAACUGUGGUCACCUCAGGAACUUCCAGACUCAAUAGAUGAGACCAUGAAUAAAGAGUUAGGGGCUACUCAGUAGGUUUCUUAUUUAACCUACAUCCCAGUUUUUCUGUUAGGCCCCUAAAGUUAACUUAAGCCUUUCAGGGGGAAAGUGCACUUACUUAAUAAUAUUAAAUCUGCGGUAGCAUUCUGAUUGCUGACAGACAUGGCCAUUGGUGGUGGCAAGAAGCUUUGCAUAAACGCAGAGGAAUGGGAUCAGGAGACUGAUAAGCUGCAGUGGGCUCCUGGACAACUGGCCACAGUGCCAACAGGGCAGUGCUGACAGUUCUCAGAGCAGCGCCGCUGUAGAAGAACAACUAGACAGGUGGCUUCAACACUGACUGUUUAACGUGAAGUUAAUGUAUCACUGCAGCUGGCAGCACUAAUACCUUAAACAUGAAAGUGGCCUGUGGUUGCUGAUGAAGGAGCCAAUUUCUGUAUUUUGCUAGGUCACAAUGGGGAAAAUGGAAAUGAUUGAUUUAAGCUUCCAGCACAAAUAUGCACUUGCCAGCUCUCCAGUUCGGAGAUUUCCACUCUUGGAAUAGGCAUUGCCUUGCCUAGAUGAAAUCUUUGGAGCCUGCUGCCAGGUCUUUUGCCAGAAUCAUUAAAUGGGUUGAAAGAGCAGCACCGUCAUUCGUCUUCUGUUUGAUAGCUAGUGGGCAUACAUCCAGAGCAGCAUUAACACAGGAUCAGGACUUUUCUCAGUGUUUAAAAAAAUGACAGUGUUUUUCUUGAGCUUCAAUAGCAUGUGCACGGGCCCGGAGCCUCAUGUUGUCAGACGCUCUCUGGUACGCUCAGCCAGCAGUAAGGGAGAGAGCCUGCAUGGCACAGAGGCAGCUCGUUAGGUAGUCCUCACCUGUCACUGGACAUUACUGCCAGUAACGCACCACAGGACAGUGUAGUUCUAUGCACAUGACAAAGUACUUCUGUGUUGUUUUCCAAGAACAACUGUUCUGUGUUUUACAAGGGAAAGGAGAUGAGGAAUAUUAUUCAAUAUUACUAAACAUCACAAUUACUCAUGUGUUUAUUUUUUUCCAAACAAUAUCUAACAGUUAAUUAAUGAGCCUGUCCUGGAAACACCAGCUGGGUUCUGGGAGCAUGGAUGAAGUUGGGUUGCAGAUAGGAGAAAGCAGCCUGCUGUCACCUUACCUGGCCUUCUGCCUGCUCCAGGCACUGCUGUGCAAGGCCUGUGGCCCACAUACAGAAGGUACUCUGUCCUCUCCUGCAAGUCGAAUGAGAGGAUGCACCACCGCCAUUAGCAAGAGUACUUGCAGUGAGUCAUUGCUUUUGAAUUGUGCCUUAUGUCUAUUUUAAAGUGUCUGGAUUUAGCUUGCAGCUAUUUGUCUUUUACCAGUGAUUUAAAGCACUUGGUGAGUCCCUCUAGUAAAAUACAGUACGAUGACUUGGGCUUUUUGCCGAGCCAAACAGACGGACCUUUUAAGUCUCUCACCAUCAGACAUUUUUGUCAGCCUCAAAUUGCCUUCUGUGGUUGUCUUUUGCUCUAUCUCCAUUUUUCCAGAGUCUAAAAUUGGCUUAAUGAGUGCCAAAUAUGGUGUAGAAAUCAGAUCCUAACACCACUGACGAAGUAGCACAGACCUGGGCUGGAGCCAGAACGCAGUGGUCGGGGUGCCUGGCUUCCUCUCUUCCCCAAAGCAGCUGCCAUCUUUCCCAAGAGGUGUCUGAAUUUUAUUGUUUUUUGUUUUUUUCUUUUUCACUGUAAUUUAACAGUGGCUGUUUUGCACUCCCAGAGAUGUAGCAGUCUAGAUAAUUCUCAGAAGUUUGGCUUCUGAGUCAUUCCUGAGAUUGGUGGUAGUCCAAAGAGGUCUCCAGGAGGCUCAGCACAGCUGGAAACCCUGAAACUGAGUGGCCCAGGAUGGACAGGAGAGCGGUGGCACUGGGCAGUAAAACUGUGGAAUCACAGAAAAGUUUGGGUUGGAAGGGACUCUUGAAUAUUACCCAGUCCUGCCAUGGGAAGGGUUGUCUUUUGCCAGAUCAGGUUGUCCAAUUAUGAACACUCCCAUGGAUGGGGCAGCCACUGCUUGUCUGGGCAAACUGCUCCAGUGCUUCACCACACUCACUGUAAACAGCAGCAGCAGGAAGCAACCUCACACAGCUGCCCUUUCUCCAGUGCCAGAGCAACUUGAGCUCAGCCCAGAUUUGAGAGCAGUGUGAUUUUUUAGCAGCCAUUUGAGGUGCAGUAAGUAAACAGAAUCAUAGGACAAUAGAAUCACUUGAGUUGGAAAGGACCCUUAAAGGUCAUCUAGUCCAGAUCCCCUACAAUGAACAGUGACACCUACAGCUAGAUCAGGUUGCUCAGAGCCCCAUCCAGCCUGACCUUGAAUGUCUCCAGGGAGGGGCAGCCACCAUCUCUGGGCAGCCUGUUCCAGUGCUUAACUACUCUUACUGUAAAAAAACUUUUUCUUUGAAACCAUUUCCCCUUGUCCUAUUACAACAGAUCCUGUUGAAGAAUCUGUCCCCUUCUUUCUUACAGCCUCCCUUCAGAUACUGAAAGGCUGCUAUCAGGUCUACCCAGAUCCUUCUUGAGGCUGAACAGCCCCAGCUCUCUCAGCCUGUCCUAAUGGGGAACGUGUUUACUCCCUUGGAUCAUUUUUGUGGCCCUCCCCUGGACACACUGACACACUCCAACGGGUCCACAUCUUUCCUGUACUGAGGACUCCACAUCGUGAUGCAGUACUCCAGGUGAUGUCUCACCAGUGCAGAAGAGGGGCAGCAUCACCUUGCUCACCCUGCUGGCUUCUUUUGAUGCAGCCCAGGAUACGGUUGGCUUUCUGGGCUGCAAGGAAGGCUCUCUAUGUGGAGAAAGCCUGCCCAAAAGAUUGCUCUUGCCUCAAGAUUGAUGACAGCUCACCAGAGAGAAUGAGUGCUUUAAUUUGUGAUAUGUAGCAAAAAGGUUCCUGCUCCCUCUGCCUCUCACUGCUCAUAGUCUCACAGGGAGGAUGCAUUUUGAAAGCAGCAGCUAAGUCAUCUCUCCUCUGGGAGGAUGUGAGCACCUGAUGACUCAAAAUGGGGUAUCAGAUUUUGGUAUGGCAAAGAAAUGCAUUUGUAUUUGAGAUAAUGUUGGGAUAUAUUUACAAAUGUUAGUCCAGUGAUACAGCACAGAGAAGGCACAGCACUUUUGCACUAUGAGCAGUUUGAAUUAUGUGUUUUGAGUUGUUUGGGGUUUUGUUGAGCUUUUUUUUUAGUCAUUUCAGUAAAGUCACAUCAAUCAACCCAAGGUAACCUGUGGCGAAAUUCUUCAUUUGAAAAUAAAUAAUAAUAAAAAAAAGCUGAUUUUACAGUGAAGUCUUUGCAAAUAAAAGGCCAUACUGGAGCACUUUGAA